CUGUUUAAUAUAGUUUUUGUUACAGGAACUAGUGAAACAGUUCCAAGUUUGAAAAGUUCAGCUAAUGAUUAUGUGGAAGUUAAUAUCGACAAAGUUCAUAUUCCACCUGGUAAAUGGAGAGUUUUGACGAAGCAUGUUGCACAAAACCAGUUCAUUAUUUUGCGGUUAAGUCUUCGAUCCGAUUUACGCAAGGUAACGGUAGUUUCUAUUGAUUUUUUGAAUUUCUUUCUCGAUACUGCUCAUUGUUUAGAUGGAUACACUUAUAAGUGGACAAAUAAAAAAGACCGCAUUCGUCCGGGUUUAAAUAUAUUUGACGCCAAAGGGAACGAGUUGGAAUGGGAUUACGAGCAUGACACUAGAUUUUACACUGAAACAGAAGAAGGUGGAUCCCAAGAAAAGCCAUCUGCUGAUAACGAAACGAAAGAGUCAGGUGGACAUGUAGAGGCCAUUUUAGGCAAACGAAAGAUUAAAAGUCGAGGUCGUGGAGCAAAAAAGGCAAAAAAUCUAGAACAACUUUUAUCAGAAGAAAAUACGAUGGCAGCAGAUAGAGUGGAGAGUGAUGAGAGGUCUCACGGAGUGAUUCAUAAAGCCGGUGAGGUAGACUCAAAAUAUGAUGAGGAAACUUUAGAUGCAGAUGACAGUGACGAUUUAGACCCCAGUCCAACACCACAGCCUUGGAAUUACAAAAAAGUGCAACCGUACUUGAAGAAAUCCGAGUCGACAUUUCAGAAAGCAAAAUUUAGGAACUUCUAG